CCUAUUUCCGCGCUGCACCGGAUGUGAGGUCACGGCGCUCCUCCCCUCUGGUCUCCGCCCUCUGCUCCCUGGUGACAGGUGGUUCACUUCCGUGACGGGUGACUGGGAGAUAUCGCUGUGUGUGACACCGCCUGCUGCUGCCCUGUGUGCCCCCUGUUAUUCCUUUCCCCACCCCUGUUAAUUCCUUGUUGCAGUGCAGGUGGAGCAGACUUUAUCAUCAUUGUGCAGACAUCUGGACAGUGAGGAUUUGGAUCCUUGUUAUAUGAAGGUGAGCUGUGUCGUGCCUUAGACACUGAGGAUGGACAAGGACAGGAGCCCCACAACUGAGAGGAUACUAAAUCUCACCCUGGAGAUCAUCUACCUGCUGACUGGGGAGGUUUACACUGUAGUGAAGAAGACACCUGGAGAGUAUGAGACACUCUUCAGCCAUCCCUAUGAGUCAGGAGGACUAAGCAGGAACCAGAGCCCCUUCCCGGUGCCUCCACCUCACUUGCUGAUACAUGAGAGGCACAAUGACCAGAAGAUCUUGGAACUCACCAACAAGAUCAUUCAGCUGCUGACUGGAGAGGAGUGGGAGUAUAUAGAGGAACACAGGGGUCUGUACAAGGAUGUGAUGAUGGAGAAUCACCGGACCCACACAUCACUGGAUGGAACCAGUAACAGGAAUACCCCAGAGAGAUGUCCCCGUCGUCUUUAUUCCCAGGAUCACACAGAGGAGAAUCACAGUGUCCCACAGGAGGAUCAGGGCGAAAAACUGACUAAUAUUAAGGCAGAAGAUCUAGACGGAGACGUGAUGUAUGUGCCUAAUAUUAAGGCAGAAUGUACAGAGGGAGAAGAAGAGACGUAUGUGACUGAUAUUAAGAUAGAAAUUGUAAAGGAGGAGGAAGAAGAGGCGUAUGUGAGGGGUGACCAGCAGUGUAAGGAGGAGGAAAUCCCUACAGAUGUCAGCACAGCAGAUGGAAACAACAUCAGGAAUACCUCAGAGGAACGUCUACGUUUAUCUUCAGAUGGUGAUACAGAAGAUAAUGACAUCACACGAGAUUCUCCAGAAGAAAAGCCAAUUACCCAAAUUAUACAUCCAGCAACACACAAUGCAGAUAUAUCAUCUAAUCCCUCUAACCAUGUGGAGUGUUGCCCUGAUGGAUCAGAUAUUGGGGACUCUCUUACACUUCAUACAGUAGAUAAAAUACUUCCCAGUUCCAUAGAUAACAAAUGUACAGAGAGCAGAAAGCUUAUUGCUAAUCAGUCAGCUAUGACAGCUGAGAAACAAUUUCCAUGUUCUGACUGUGGGAAAUGCUUUACACGGAAAUCAUCUCUUGUUAUACAUGAGAGAAGUCACAAAGGUCAGAAACCAUUUCCAUGUUCUGAGUGUGGGAAAUGUUUUACAAGUAAAUCAGCUCUUGUUAAACAUGAGAGAAUUCACAUAGGUGACAAGCCAUUUCCAUGUUCUGAAUGUGGUAAAUGUUUUACACGGAAAUCAUAUCUUGUUAUUCAUCAGAGACAUCACACAGGUGAGAAACCAUUUCCAUGUUCUGAGUGUUGGAAAUGUUUUACACAUAAAUCAGCUCUUGUUAGACAUGAGAGUAGUCACGUAGAUGAGAAACCAUUUUCAUGUUCUGAGUGUGGGAAAUGUUUUACAAGCAAAUCAGCUCUUGUUAUACAUGAGAGAAGUCACACAGGUGACAAUCAAUUUCCAUGUUCUGAGUGUGGAAAAUAUUUUACACGGAAAUCAUCUCUUGUUAUUCAUCAAAGACAUCACACAGGUGACAAACUAUUUUCAUGUUCUGAGUGUUGGAAAUGUUUUACAGAUAAAUCAGCUCUUGUUAGACAUGAGAAAAGUCACAGAGGUGAGAAACCAUUUGCAUGUUCUGAUUGUGGAAAAUGUUUUACGCAGAUAUCAAAUCUUGCUAGUCAUGAGAGAAGUCACACAGGUGAGAAGCCAUUUCCAUGUUCUGAGUGUAGUAAAUGUUUUACACGGAAAUCAUAUCUAAUUACACAUCAGAGAAGUCACACAGGUGAGAAGCCAUUUCCAUGUUCGGAGUGUGGGAAAUGUUUUACACGGAAAUCAUCUCUAAUCACACAUGAGAGAAGUCACAUAGAUGAGAAGCAAUUGCCAAGCUCUGAGUGGGAAAUGUUGUACAUAUAAAUCAGCUUUUAUGAAACAUAAGAAACUACACACAGGUGAGAAGGAUUCCGUAAAGACCAUCUCUUUUUUUAAAACAUCAAAAAAUAAAGGAGAAAUGCAA